AUGUCCGUAUCUAGACGUCGGUCAGAGAGAAUCGCUGCAAUUCAGCAAGAAUUUGAAAUUGUAAAAGCCCAGAAGGCUGAAACUCCAGCUUCUAAAGUCACAAAACCUAAAAAGUCGAGAACAAAGACACAAACAAUAGCUACGAAAGUUACAGAACCAAAGAAGAGUACUAGAGAAACCGAAAAUCUUAAACAAGGAUCUCCAACUGUGAAGGUAGAUUUGCCAAAGACGACUAAGUCUAGAUCUGCUAAGAAAGAGGAUGCUAUUGAACUUGGAGACGACUAUGAAUUAAAUGUUGGCGACGAAAUACCAAGUGAUCUCGAAAUAAAACUUCAAAACGGUGAAGAACAAAACUUAUUAGAGUUUUCCAAGAAGGCUGGGGUAUUAGUUAUUUUUUCGUAUCCAAAAGCAUCAACUCCAGGCUGUACAAGACAAGCGAAAGGUUUUAGGGAUCAUUACAAGGAGUUGAACGAGAAAUACGGAGCAAGUGUCUUAGGUUUAAGUGCCGAUAAUGCAAAGACACAAACCAAUUUCAAGGUGAAACAAGAGUUGCAGUAUGAUUUGAUUUGCGAUACAAAAAAGGAGUUGAUUGCACUAUUAGGUUGCAAGAAAUUCCCUAGUGGUAUUAUCAGGUCCCACUUUAUAUUUGUCGAUGGUGUCUUAAGGUUCAAAAAUGUAAAGGUUAGUCCGGAGGAGAGUUUUACAAACGCGUUGAAACAAGUGAAAGAGCUAUCCAAGUCUAAGUGA